AUGGGCAUGGAGACGGGCACCCUGACACCCCUGCUCCGUGUGUUCCCACAGGCAAGAUUUCAGCGCCUGGCCCUGAGCUGCUCCUGUGACUUCUUCCGGGCCCUCUUCACUUGCCCCAUGCGGGAGGCCACCCACGACCCCACUGCCCCGCUGGCCACGGGGCUGUCCCCAGCCGAGCUGCGCCUCCUCCUCUCCUUCGCCUACACAGGGGCUGUGGCAGGGCCCAGGCCCGCCGAAACUGGCCUGGACGUGCUGGCAUUUGCUAUGGCUUAUGGGCUGACCCAGGUGGGCCGCGUAGCAGAAGACUACAUCUUGGCCACCUUCCCCAGCGUGGUGGCCACACCAGCCUUUUUGGAUCUUCCUGCACACCUUCUCAUCCGCCUCCUGCGCUCUGACGGUCUCAAUGUCCUCCAUGAACUGGAGGCUUUGGAAGCAGCAUCCCGGUGGCUUAUGGCCAAUGGAGAUCGCCAAGGAGAUCUAGCCAAGGAAGUCCUGUCAUCUGUUCGCUUUGCCCUCAUGUCCAGCUGGGAGCUGAAGAAGGUCCCAUCAGUGUCUGCAGGGGUAGCUGACCCAAAGGUCCUCCAUGAGCUCGUGGUAGCAAGUUUGACCCCCAUGGCCCAGCUGCCAUGCCGGGUACGCUGCUUGCAAGAGGUGCUGGUGGUUUGUGGUGGAGACAAACUGACGGCUAACCUGGCUGCCCGGAAGCCCAGCAGACACCUCUGGUUUGCCCACCGCUACCUCAGUGCUGUCGGGCUGGUGAAGCAGGUGGAGUGGCGAGCACUGGGGCACUUUCCUGAUGGUCCACGCUUCCGCCAUGCUGUAGCUGUGGUGGGCAACAUCCUCUACAUCCUGGGUGGAAAGCGCUACUACGGGGUCCAUGACACCCUGGCCAGUGUCUACAGGUAUCAGCCUAUGGAUGAUUCCUGGGAGCGCCUGGCCAGCAUGACCUGUGGGCGGAGCUACUUUGCCGCUGUGGCACUUGGGGAUUUCAUCUAUGCCCUGGGGGGCAGCUCGGGGGAGCUUUACUGCACAGACACUGUAGAGUGCUAUGACCUGGCCAACGACACCUGGAGGAGGUGCCAGCCCCUGCCGAUGGCUCUGUGCGGGCUUGCGGCGUGUGCCCUGGAUGGUGCCCUCUACGUGUCAGGGGGUUGUGAUGAGGCGUGCCAGUGCCAGGCAGCCAUGCUGCGCUACAUCCCGGGUGCGCCUGCCACGCUCCUGUCCCCCAUGAAUGGCCAGCGAGCUGGGCACAUCAUGGAGGAGGCAGGUGGGCAGCUCUAUGUGGCCGGGGGGCUGUGCCAGCGAGAUGGGCAGACUGGCUACAGGGACCAGCUGGCCUUUGAGGUCUACAGCCCCAAGCUGGACAUCUGGGUUCUCCUCAGCCCCCUGCCCCAUGCCCAUGUAGUUGGGGGUGCAGCUGUGCUGGGAGGGGAGCUGCUCGUACUGGGAGGGUACAGUCAUGAGACCUACCAGGAUACUCACUUGAUCCAUGCCUACCAGCCGGGCACCCGGCGCUGGAUCACCCGGGGCACCUUGCCCCAUGCCUAUACUGACCUCCAGGCUUGUGUCCUCACUGUACCCCCUGCCUUGCGUGGCCCCAACUGCCUUGAGUACCCCUCGAGAUCACCUGACACCCCCAAUAAUACUUAG